AUGAGUGUGUUCAGCGACUUCCAGCGAAUGUGGGUCCAGCGCUUCCCACAAAGCUCGCUCUCGGAUGCCUGGGAGCAGGACGUGCGGGCGAGCCUGGAGCGCCACAAGCAGAAGAUCGCCGAGCUUUCAAAGGAGCUCGAGCAGGAAACGCUGUACGUUGAGUAUCUGGAGCGCUUACUGGGCGACGUGGAGCGGUACCGGGAGGCGGGCGGUGAUCCUUCAACGCUGUUCGAAGCCAACUCGCCAGCGUCGGCGGCAAACCUGCUCAGUGGUGGCACCCCCCAUACAAAUGCCGCCUGCCACGGGCAGGACGAUGGCAGGAUAGCGGAAAGGGACGACGGUGAAGGCGAGAAUCAGAUCAUUAAAGCAGCUCCUGUCCAUCAUCAACCCGCUCCUGGAGACAGCGGCGGUGGUUCGGCGGCGGCCACCAACAGCAGCGCUCCGGAAAAUGUCAUCCCUAGCAUUACCAGUAGUGCCAGCACCGAGCACGUUCAGUUGCGGGCCCGGGAAGGCCCGCUCAAUCAGUGCAUCAACGAGCUGACCUCAAACCUGCAUAGCCGGCGAUGCGUGAGCGAAUUGAUUGCCGCUGCAAAUCCACCACCGAACUUUCCCACCUCGACUGGCAGUAACAGCAAUCAAAAGUCGGCAGUCACUGCCAGCAAUCAACAGCAACCGACACAAUCAAACAUAGCCGUCACCCAAUCAACAGUUGGCGGCGGGGGCGAAUCGUCUUCCGGCCCACCGGCGGACAGCGAGGGCGAGAGCAUGGAGCGGAGUGAGGGUGUGAGCGCAGGCCACAGGACACGCAGUGCAAGUCAGAGCGAAACGCAGCAGCAGACGCUGCUGUCCUCGCCGAGCCAUUUUGUGACGGUGAUCGAGGUGAAGGAAUCGAAACGAACUGGUAACACCGUUGUUGGUAGUACACCAGCUGAGGCCGAUGGUGAAGGUGCAAUAUCCGAGAACGAUGCGACAGCGGUGUCCGCCGCAAGCUCGUCUACUAACAGCAACAGCCUUUCGCAAUGCUCAAUACCAAAGACAAUGCCAGAUGCGAAAGCGAAUAAUUACGAAAAUGUGCUCAUCAAUACCGGUGGCGGGUCGAGUCGCUUCGGCGAAAGUGUCGAAAAGCCCGGCCCAGAGCAGCUACCCAAACCAGGUGAGGUUGGUAGUGGCACCGCUGGCAGCACUGGUAGCACUGGCAGCAGCAGCAGCAGCAGCAGUACGUUCCUUGAUCCGAAACAUCCGAAGCCCCCGGAUCGAAGCAGAGCCAGUACGGAAGGCGGGGGUGUCAGUAUUGGUGGUUCGUUUUCCAGCACGGGUGGGACGUCGAUAUCGGAGCGAACAUCGCAGUUACUGGGGGCGUCUUCGUCCACCCCUACAGCUACAGUCGACCUGAAGAAGAAGGUUCCACCACGACCUCCUCCGAAGUUUGUACGCCGAGCGGCACCAGUCGAACCGCCAACUGUGCCAUCAUUAAACUUGCGUUCCCGGGAAUCUAUAACGCGGGCACCAGGCGAUGUGAUGGUUAACACCGGGCCGUCGACAGUGGAAACCGCAUCCGCCGAUGUGGCCACUACCGAUUCACUUGAGCGCAAUAUUAAACAAUCGGAAAUAUAUCGCCAAAAGUCUUCUGACUCGCUGGACGUGAAACUGGGCACCGGUACCGAGAUACCACGUAACUGGUUGCCGAAAUCGGAGAGCCUUAAGUCAAAAGCAUCUUCAAGCACCGAUAGCCCAACCGGGUCUCUUGGUAAAGGGAUUGCUGCCGGUAGUGGGUCGACAACUAGCGGUGCUUCGCCAACCGGCAGCCUCGGUAAGUUGCCGACUACUAGCAUGGCUAGUGGUGGAGUCGCUGGCAGCGGCUACAGCAGUAGCGACAGCCCAACAGGAAGUCUUGGCAAGUCGGGACAACAUGUAGGUGGUCAAGGCUUUCUUCACUACCAGCGGCAGGUGACGAGCGAUAGUUUACCAAGCGUCGGUUCGAAGGAAUCGCUCGCUUCAACUAGUGGUGGAGAUGGUGGGGCUGGAGGAACCGGAACAGGAAGCAGCGGAGCAUUAAGCAACAUUUCCGAGCGGAUCAAAAGUUACGAAUCCAUCUCAUCGCUUAGUUCAGAUAGUGUUCGUGUGGGGGCUGGCGGGCAACAGCAUCAAGAACACUACUACGACACUGUGCCGCUCGAUAAUGGCGAUGGCGAUUAUGUUUACAUACAGCCGGGCGGCACCGCAACUGGUGGACGAUCGGACGAUGGAUCCACUUUUGAGAACACGAGUACGUUGCUGCUUCUUCCAUCGCACCCACGUACUAACAGCCAAACGAGUGUCCAAUUGGAACCCGAAUCUCCUGGUCGCAGCAGUAACUAUGUUAACAUCGAGUAUUUCAUUCACUCAAGCCAGCAUAACGAAAACCGCAGUAGCUCGAUCGAUAGCGACGGUGAAGCGGACCUCGCACCGCCUCCAGUGUUGAUGCGGGCAAUCUCAACCGACACGGACGCGGGAGGUGUUGGAGGAAUAGAAACUGUCACAUCCAGGACUGUGAGCGGAGGUGGUGCCGGUAGCGCUAGCGACCCUGCCUCUGGCAGUGGACUGCUACGUAAACUAUCGAAUGCUAACCGCAACACACUCAUCCGACACAUUGUGACCAGCAUUAUCACGAGCGAAACAUUGUAUGUGGAAUGUUUGAACAAGAUGAAGCAGUACAUGAAGGCGAUUCGGGCGACGCUUACCACCUCGCAACCUGUGAUAUCUGAGGAGGAGUUUCAGACGAUCUUUUUCAAGAUUGAAGACCUACACGAGGUGCAUAGUGAGUUUCUGCGGGAGCUGCAGGCUCGUCUCGCCACGGCAGUGGCAGACAGGAGCUACGAUUCUGAGGGUACUGGUAGUUUAUGCGUUGGCGAGCCAUUCCGCCGACUUGCGUCUCACAUCCACUUAUACGGCGCAUUUCUGCAUAACUACGGUCGCGCCAUUGACACGGUAAAGAUGUGCAGCACGCACAGCCAGCAGUUCAAGGAAAUAGUAUCGAACAUCGUGUUUAAGAAUCAGAACGAACAGAAGCUGUCGCUAGAGGAGCUACUCCACAAGCCAGUCGCCCGAGUGCAGAAAAAUGCACUCGUACUGGAAGAUUUGCUGGCCCAAACGCCCGAGCAGCAUCCGGACUAUACACAUCUGCGGCAGGCAUCGAAGGCGAUACGCACCUUCUUGUCGGAGUUUAACGUCGUUCAAACGCGCUCGAUGUUUCCGAGUGAAGAUAAGGCACUCCGACGGUUGGUUCGGAACUCGUUUAUCGUUGAACUAGCGGAUGGUCACCGGAAGUUACGCCAUCUGUUCCUUUUCAAUGAUGUAAUCGCAUGUGCGAAAUACAAGGCAGCUGGACGAAGUGGCGGUGGCGGCAGCGACCGAAACGGAUUCGAAUUUGAGCUGAAGUGGUUCAUACCACUCCGCGACAUACUGAUCUGCGAGGAGUCGGCCAACGAUCCGAAGGAAACGAGCCCGAUUAAUAUAGUUCACCUGAAGUCGCAAGCAUGUACCGUGCGCGAUCAGAUUAUGCUAGAUGAAAGGGACGAGGGAGGACGCGGACGUGGAGUAGGUGGCCGUGGAAUUGCCUCCGGUUCUAGCCGAUCCGGCGACAAGCAUCGCAAAAAGCUGGCCGAUCUCGAGGCCCAGUUGGUGCUCGCCUCACCAAACUUGGUGUUCAAGAUUGGCAAUAAGGCAAGCGGCAAAACGAUGUCUUUUUUUCUGAGCUCCGACUUCGAACGAACGCAAUGGAUUGAAUCGAUAUUUUCUCUACAGCAAUCAUGCAAUUUGCCCGGUCAUAUACCAGUGCAGAUUUAUGAUUUGCAGGCGUGGAUUACCGCGUGCCAAGCCCUGAUAAAAACCGAGAUGGGCUCCUACCUGAUGCGCAACGCCCGUGACGAAAGCCUACUUGUAGGCGACCUCCACCUCACCAUCCAGGGUUUGACCGGGUUUGAGCAGCAGCCUUGCGAUCUUUUCGUGUGCGUCGAGAUCGACUCAUACGGCCAUUACUUCCGCAAGGCAAAAACGAAGCUCGUAUGCCGUAGCUCUACACCAAAUUGGAACGAAUCGUUUGUGCUAGAGCUGGAGGGCAGCCAAAACCUACGUCUGCUAGUCUAUCAGGAUGAUGUGCAGCGUCCUAUUCUGCGUGCCAAACACGUCCUAAAGUUAAGUCGCAGCUGGUUGAAAGACACGGCCGUCAGUAAAGCACUAAAACUCUCCGAAACGCUCAGUCUUGGAACGGUGAUACGUUUUGUACCGGGUGAAGUGACCCUGCGUCGUGUACCCACAUCAAAACCCGGCGCUCUUUUUGGUGCAAAAUUACAGCAAGUCAUCAAACGCGAAAAACGUGACAUUCCAUUCAUCGUUAGUGCUUGCGUGCGAGAAGUCGAGCGACGCGGUAUGGCCGAAGUUGGUAUUUAUCGCGUUUCUGGUUCGGCAUCCGAUGUGGCAAAGCUAAAGAAAUCGUUUGAGACAAAUGCUUACGAAGCGGAACAAUUGCUGAAGGAGGUGGAUGUGCAUUCAGUUACCGGUAUCCUCAAAUCCUACCUGCGGGACCUUCCGGAAGCCCUCUUCACAGAUCAGUAUUAUCCGAAGCUUUUCGACGCGUUCAACCGGCACUCAAACCUCGGCGAAACUGUACGUACGCAAGAGCUGCAGCGCGUUUUCGCCGAAUUACCACAACCGAACCGCGCCACCAUCAACCUCCUUCUUGACCAUCUUAUGCGAGUACACCAGCAGGAAAUCGAGAAUAAGAUGUCGUUGCACAACCUAGCGAUGGUGUUUGGACCGACGUUGUUAAGGCCUGGGCCAUCUGCUACCAAGCAGAAGGACUUGCUCGAGUCUAGUACCGCAGACGUAAUGACUCAGGCUGGGAUCUUAUACAGUUUUUUGCAAGCUCGGCUAAAGUAGUGUUUAUUGCCUUUCUUAAUCCACAGCUUAGGAAUGAACGAAACGAGCAAUAGCGGAGCAUCAGUUUAUUUUCUUAACAAACCUGUAAACCACAUCCGGUUAUCAGCCAAUACAGGGCCUGAACUUUCUUUAAUGUUUUCCAGGUGUUUAUAGUGAUCUUUCUCUGACGUUUUCUUCAGCUGCAAACUGAUGCUUUGCAGCCUAGUAGUAUUGUUUUAGUGUUGGUACCAAUUAUUAAAAACAAACCAGGAGGAUUUCUUCCCCGAUGUAUUACAAUAUUUAUCUGCACGAACAACCUCCCAAUCUCCACACAUCGGUACAGCAAUAAGUUCAACAUUCAGCCAAAACACAGCAUCUUGAACAGAGAAGUAGCAGAAAGAGCAGUGAGGAGGGGAGCGGAGUGAGGGGUGGAUGCCUCUAUUUAGACUGAGGUUGUUGUACAGUAGUAUGAACAAUAAGCAAAGCUAUUGGAAACGUAUUCCCACUUUCUAAAAUAUGCCAUCUCUACAAGGCAGAUAGUAGGCAGAUAUAUACAAAAGAUCAUGUUUAGUCGAUCUUAAAUACAUUAAGCUUAAGCUCACGCCGCUAAAGAAGAUAUCGGACAGAGUAAGUGGAGAGGAAAGAGGAAGUAAGGAAAUACAUGACCAACGAUUUGUCCUAAUAUGUGUGACAAUGUAAGAAAAACAGGUGAAAACCAAAGUUCCGUUUUACUCGGAACGCGAUUGUCUUGUAAGCAAAUAUGAUUGGAUGACAGACAAAAAACUAAGCAAAUAAAUACUAAUAAUAGGUUAAAAGGAUAACAAUAAGCAAAUUUAUAAAUCUUUGUGCAUUGUGAAUGCAUGAGGCACGUUCCUUUUCUAUUUUCUAUACCUACAAUUACAACUGGCAGCUUUUCCUUGGGGCUUUAAUAUGUAAAAAUGUAUUUCAUAGCUACACAUAGUUCAGUAUAGAAUAUGUGUAUGACUUAAGGCAGGAACGUGUUAUAAUACGAUUGAGGUUAGAUUCAGGGGUAGAAAAAACUCUUAUUUUAAAAAGCAUAAGUAAGCUAUUGUUUUUUUCUUUGGAACUAUGAAUGUCAAAUGGGAAAAAUUCUAAAUUGUGUAAAAACGAAGUAAUGAUAAAGAUUACAUUAGUGACGUAAAUAAUAAUAUAAACCAUUAGUAUAUGUUUACAAUAUAUCGAGACGAUGGCAAUUUUGAGAGUUGCGUUAAUUCCAGGGAUUUAUUGAAAAGUUAUGACUGAUGUUUGGUUGCUGCAGCAUGAUAUCGUCCUUAUUUAAUGAACGACUUUCCACUUCUAAAAACUAUAGACUUAUAAAUCUACAGUUUUGUUGAUUGAAAGAAACUAGACAAUAAGAUGCAUAACGUGGAGUGACGAAAAGUUCACUGAAUAUUUCGAUUGCUGAAGUUUGAAAACUG